AUGGCUUCACUCGGGCAUACAGCCGCGAGCAUGCGCUCAAGGCAACAUCAAGAUGCUGCUGCCUAUCCCUCCGAAAAGCCAUCGCUCUACAGCAGUGGUGCUCAGCUUGACGCCAGCGAUGCCAUCCGAGGCAAGACGGGCAAGCUCUACUCACAAUCAGCUGCAGCAUCACAUAGCACCGGUCUUGGUCUCGGCAUUGGUGCUCAGCCUGGUGCAUCAGCUGCUGCAACCAACACCAUCUCCAAGAAGGAACACCGCGUCAUUGCAGCACUCGUUCUCGUCGCUUUCCUCAUCCGCAUGCGCAAGCUCAGCCAACCAUCCAGCGUGGUGUUCGACGAAGUACACUUCGGCGGCUUUGCCUCCAAAUACAUCAAAGGUCGCUUCUUCAUGGAUGUUCACCCGCCACUCGCAAAGCUUCUCAUCACGCUUGCCGCUUGGCUUGGUGGCUUCGACGGCGAUUUUGACUUUAAGGACAUCGGUCGCGAGUACCUUCACGGCGAUGACACGCCCGUGCCGUAUGUCAUGAUGCGCGGUCUCAAUGCUCUGCUCGGCGUCGCUACUGUCCCUCUUGCGUACCUCACCCUCCGCGGCUUGUCUCUACGAGCUUCGACCGCAACACUCGGUGCCAUCUUUGUUCUCUUUGACAACGCGCUUAUCACACAGAGCCGUCUCAUCCUGCUCGACUCGAUCCUCGUCUUCUUCACCGCCCUCACCGUCUACUUCUGGGUGGCCUUUUGCAACGAGGAAAAGCGCGCUCCUUUCUCAAUCCGAUGGUGGGCGCUGCUUUCCCUCACCGGGCUCAGCCUCGGCGCCGUCGCCAGCUCCAAAUGGGUCGGUCUCUUCACCAUUGCCACCAUCGGCAUUUCGGUCAUCGCACAGCUUUGGGAGCAUCUUGGAGACGUUCGUCAGCCUGUGCGCACCGUAGCGCGUCAUUUCUGCGCCCGCGCCAUCUGCCUCAUCGGCUUCCCCAUCCUCGUCUACCUCUUCACCUUCGCCAUCCACCUCGCUCUGCUCCACCGCAGCGGCGAAGGCGAUCCGUUCAUGAGCAGCGCUUUCCAGCACACGCUCCACGGGCACGGCAUGGCCGACACCUACGCCGAUGUCGCUCUUGGUUCCACUGUCAGCAUCAAACAUCUCAACACCCAGGGUGGCUACCUUCACUCGCAUGUCGCCACCUACCCCGCCGGAAGCCAGCAGCAGCAGAUUACCCUCUAUCCGCACUCAGACGACAACAACUACUGGAUCCUCGUCAAAGCGCCCGGUCCCGAAGAUCCAGCACCCAAGCUCGACGACAAGGGCCAUCCCAUGCGACCCGAAGACGAGAUUUCACGCUGGCACCAGGAGCCCAUCCGAUACAUCACCCACGGCAUGGAGAUCCGUCUCAUCCACAAGAACACAGACAAGCGUCUGCACAGUCACGAUACCAACCGUCCGCCCGUCACUGAGAGCGACUACCAGAACGAGGUCACCGCCUACGGCUUUGAGAGCUUCGGCGGUGAUGCGAAUGACAACUUCCACGUCGAGAUCGUUGCUGCUGAAAAGCACGACCAUUUCGCGUCCACGCGCGUGCGUUCGCUCCGUACCCGUUUUCGGCUGCGACACACCUUGACGGGCUGCUAUCUCUUCUCGCACAAGGUCACUCUGCCCGACUGGGGAUUCGGUCAACAGGAGGUGACGUGCAAUAAGAAUCCCACCAUGCCCAACUCGCUUUGGUACGUCGAGACGAACAGCCACCCCCUGCUGUCGCCGGCGGCGGAUCCAAAGCCGGACAUGGUCAACUACCGUCGCCCGUCGUUUCUCGACCGGUUCUGGGAACUCCAACGCGUCAUGUGGGAGACCAAUGCUGGACUCACCGAUCGUCACGCUUACGAUUCCCGUCCUCAAACCUGGCCCCUGCUUAAGCGGGGGAUCAACUUUUGGACCAAGGAUCACCGUCAGAUUUACCUCAUUGGCAACCCGUUCGUCUGGUGGGGGUCGUUCCUUUCGGUUCUUGGCUACCUCGCUGCGCGUGGAUUCGCCAUGCUCCGUGCUCAGCGCGGGUAUGGUGAUCUCAAAGAUAGCAGGGUGCGAUUCUACGAUCAGACCUGUGGAUUCCUUGCUCUGGGUUGGGCGUUCCACUAUCUGCCGUUCUUCCUGAUGCAUCGCCAGCUGUUUUUGCACCACUACCUCCCCGCGUUGUACUUCUCCAUCCUGGUGGCGGCGGUGAUGUUCGAUUUUGCUACGGGGGCGAUGCGCCCUCGAUUCCGGCUGGUGGCAGGGGUGGUGGUCACGGUGGUGGUCUUUGGCGGAUUCUUGCGAUAUACCCCGCUAACCUAUGGAGGCGAUUGGACGUUGCAAGGCUGCGAGAAAGCUCGUUGGAGGAAGGGGUGGGAUUUCAACUGUGCCGAUUUCUCCCGUGAUCUGGCGAGGUACAAAGACUGGCCGCCGAGCGUACAGACGGUCGAAUGGGCGGAGAAGCUACCGGUCAGUCUGGAGAGGAAUAAGACAGAGGGAGUGGGGGCAGAACCGGGAAGACACGCGUUCGAACAGGUCCCACUGAGGGCAAUGCAGAGUUCCGCCGCUGACGCGUAUCAGCAUCUCAAGGACGGACUGGUACACGAGAUGGAGUAUGUCAAGGACAAGGUGGGACUGGGGCACAAGGAGGAUCCGGUGGCAGCAGGGAAGGCCGCCGAUCCGGCGGGAUUGAAUCAGCAGCAGGUGGAACAGGUCAUGUUGGAGGGCACGGGCGAGGUGGUCAAGGUCGCGGAGACGAGCGACAAGACGCAGACCGAGCCGACGCAGGCGGCCAAGUGGGACAAGCAUGCGGAUGAGGAGGCGCAUGAAGCGGCCGAGGUGGUCGAGGACGAUAGGGACGAGGGGCAUUUGCACGAUGAUGAGGACGAGUGA